GUAUGAGGGGAACAGGAACAGCAGGAAGAGAUGAUUCUGCCUCAGAUUCAGGAGGACUGGAUUGUGCAAACAGUCAAACUGACAGUCAGACCAGCGCAGCGGCAGUGUGGGACAGCGGGGGUUGUCUCGAGGAGGUGGGGUCUGUCCCAUGUGUCGACUGUCUGAUGGAGAGAAGAGGGGCACAGCACAGUGAGUAUGAAAGGACACAGAGUGCUACGCAGAGAGAGACUGCAGGCAUGCAGCGACACGGGGGAGCAUAUAUGUUUAAAGAGGCUGCAGCAGAGCGGGCUAUUGAUGAGGUGUGUUAAGAAUGAGAUCAUCAGAGACCUCAGGUUAAAGAUUAGUCAAGCAUGUGAUUGGACAGUACCUCCCGAAACCUACAGCAUGUGACUUUGCGGUGGAGUUUGUAGACUCUCGCCAUGCUCUCUCUUUGGAAUCUCUAUCUUCUUCUCCCACUCUCCUUGCCUUUCUCACUCCAUGUCAUAGCCUUCACCGGAGACAAUGUCAAGAAAACCCAAGAGCCAGACACUGACACAGCCGUGCAGCGUCUCACACAGCCCCCACAGAGGCCUCGUGGAUCUGGUUCAAUACCUGACAAUCCCAUGUUUGGGUCAGAGAAUACUGACUUCCUGGGUCUACCUAUGAGUUGGUCCCUAUCGUCAUCAGAGGAAUCAGACAGACAAGGUGUGAUCGGUGAAUACACUGAUUCAGAGGAGAGCACAGAGACAUCUCUUUUGUAUCCUUAUGAGAAGGGACUUAUCAUAUCCAGGCCCUCAGAUACAGAAGAUGCCACCUCCAAGGAGAGUACACAGCCAUCACCAGGGGGAGUACCGCCUCAACCUACCCAGGGACAAACAUUCAAGUAUCAGCCAGCUGAGAAAAGUGUUGGAUCUGUAUUGUAUUCCACACAGACUGGUGAGAAUCAGCCAAAUUUCCCAGCCUCUCAGAAUGAGACGACCGACAGCCAGUUACCAUUUCUUCCAUCUGGCUCGCUUCCACCAGACCAGGACUCCACUUCACCGCUGUCUGCUGGACCUGGGCCCAGCUCGGAGCGCCCCACUCCAUCAGUCGCAAGUUGGAUAUGGAGCACAGGCCCUCCAGUUAUCACGCCGGAGGCGACUGUCCCAGUGAAGGAGACCAGAGAUGGAUUGAUUGAUAUUACGGGUCAUAUUUUGCACAUAGGAGCUGUCAGCAUGGAUGCAGAUAAAGAUGACACCAAGGACGAUGACAGGCAACUCUCCCAGACCAGUGGCACACUCUUGCUUAAUGGCACCACAGACACAUCUGCCACACCCUGCAAAGCAUCAAACCAGUCCUGGACGCCCACUUACCCCGAUGAUUUUACCCCCAGCGAGUCCCUACGCCCCACUCUGGCCCUCAGCGCUUCCCUUUUUGUCCCUCUUUACACAGACUGGAACUCUGCCCUUGCCACAUGGGGAUUUGCGUGGGAAGCACACAUCUAUGGCCUGGGGUCUGUCUUUACUGUAUUUGGCCUAAUCUCUGUGGUCUGCCUGUUAGGCUUGCCCCUGCGCUGUCCCCCGGGAAGCCCCUAUUUCACCCUACUACACUUGUUCCUCCUGGCAUUUGCAGGGAUCCAAGCUUUCUGUUUGCUCUAUGACGCUUACAAUCACCAGGAUCGUCUCCCUCCUCUGGGCUCUCUGCUGCUCUCUGAGCUGCCUUUCCCUUGUUUGAUCUCAGCCUUCUCCCUUGCCUUCCUCCUUCUUUCUUUGCGUUCACGCAUGCAUCUUUCACUCCGACUUGCUAAUUCCACCUCAUUUUCAGCCUUGCCCAAACCUUGCCUGUUACUGUGUAUGUCCCUGUUGUACUCUGGGGUCUCUCUAGGGUGUGUUGGCAUGCUACAGCUCUUCCACAGCCUCCCCUCCAUGAUCCUGCUAUUCCCUCAGGGUGUGUUUGUGUGUCUCACUAUCUUUCUCUCAUGCUCCUACCUCAUCUUCUACUGCUUAAUGCAAUUCAACACGAAACACAUCUACAGGCUGAAUGACAAUGGAGAGAGCGGAGGAUCUCCUGAAGUGAUGCGACCUGCAAGUUGCCCCUUUGCUAAAGUGGAGGAUUGGGGCAGGGCAGCAGGAGCGGGAGUAGGGGCUUCGUUGUGUUUGCUAGGAUGUGGAGGCUUCCAGUUUUAUGGGAUCUUGCAUGCCCUUGGUUUGGGUGGGGUUGAUGGCUAUGGGUUCCAGCCCUGGCCCUGGUGGGGCUAUCAGGUAGGCUGCAGGAUCUGUGAGAUUGGUGUGUGUCUGGGUCUGUCUCUCAUUGGUACACACCCACUAUUCUGUCAGAACAAUUCCUCUAUCAAGACCAGAACUCAUCCUCGGCCAGGAUCUUGGUCCCGCCUCUCAUGCAGCUCCCCCUCACGAGGGCUAACCCUGCCCUCUCAGGGAGGUGCUGAUUCUUCUGUCCUCUCCUCUCAUGAUUCUUGGUCCCAGGGUAAGCAGGAAAAGCUGGUGGUCUGUGAUGUCAUCACUAAAGGACAGUCGGAGGCCCUUCCUCUUUUCUCAAUGGUGGAUCCUCCUGGAAAUGGGCAAGACUGUGUCCCCAAGGCCAGCCAAACUCGGAGCACUGUACUACCUCUCCCUACACCCCCAAGCCCACCGCACAAACCAAAAAAUGCAGCUGAGUCUCAGCUAUCAUCAUUCGAUAGCCUAGGACUGGAGACUGACUCUACUGUGGAUCUGCGGCCCCCAUCUCCCAUAGAUUUGUCCCGCAGCAUUGACCAGGCUCUUUUCAAUGAAUCCCUAUUCUCUCAUAGUAUCUUUGGUUUGCCAAGACUCUUCCAUGCUUCCUCCAGCCACUCUUUGAGCUCUCCUAACCAGGGUGGGUCAAAGCAAGGGCCUAGCUCUGUGGAAAAUGCCCUAUACCGAACCUCUUCCUGUGGUGACAUGGAUCAAGAGAAUGCCCUGUCCACUUCAAGACCUUCCCAGCCACAUGGUGCUUUGACGUCUCACAGCAAGUCACCAGUGUCACCAGUGCAAUGGGAUUGGAAAGAAAGUGUCUCUGGCUCAACCCAGGGUCUGUGCAGCAAUCCCAAGGAGACAGGAAAGCUGCGUUCACAUUCCUGGGCCAACAGAGGUCAAAACUUUGCCCAGAGCAGCCUCCCACGAGCAAUCCCUCACCUGUCUUACCACAGGCGUUACCGAACCCUGAGCUUAGCCCCCCAGGACAGUCGCGGAUCCAGCCGGCUGGCAGGGACUAAACACCUGAGUGAAAGCAAACAGCUGGAAUGGGAUCUGGCUGUACAGGCAGAGUUUGUUAAUGUGUGCAGACAAAUUGACACGCUGAGUGUUUGCAGUGACACCAUUGAACUGUAGAAAGCAAUACAAUUCUAGUUGUGGUUAAAAUGCACAUGACAUUGUACAGAAAUAGCAGACUCUGACAACAUGGUCUCACCUCCAACUCGUCAAAUACCAAUGCUUGGUUAGUGGCCCUUGGUGUCAGAUACUGACCCACAGGGACACCCUUUAGCGAGAUCUUCACAGACUUUUUUUUUGACACUCUGAGCAACUGCCGUAGUAUAAAGAAUGAGAGGGUCUGCAUUGGGUGGAUGAAAGUGGAGGUGGAUGGUUCAAACAAAGUCUGGACUUUCACCCCUGAGAUCGAAAUUCAUGUCCCAUGUGAAUCCAAAAGUCAACUGAGUUACUUUAAUAACAACGUGGAGUUCUAGUAAGUAUAGCGUAUGCUACUGAUGUAGGACACAUAAUGGUACAUUAUGUUAGUGACAAGCACACUUGUUUUGAGCCAAAGCAUGAUGUUUUUUUCCAAACCUAACCACUUGCUUUUGUUGCCUAAACCUAAGGAAGUACAUGUAAAAACUGCAGCCCUAAUUUCCAGAGACUGUAUGCAUUUAAUGAGCAGAAACUGUACAUUUUCUGUGAAAAAAGUUUGUUUUCAAAAGACAUUAUUCAUGUAUAGGGGGAACACGCUGUCCCUGAGCAUCCAAAACUGACAUUUGAGAAGUACCUAGAGCAUCGUAAUCUGACGUGUAGGGCCACUGACCAAGCAUUGGUAUUUGACUAAGAGUUGGGACUUAGUUGGGACUAAGAAUGUGUUAGGUUAUACAAAAUGAAAUAAUUUCUGGAACGAAAUUAUUUUAAUUUAGACCCAACUUAUUCUCUAUAAAUACUGUAGGCCUACUGUUGAUACGCUGUUGAUAUUCUACUGUUGAUAUGUUGAUAUUGGUCAUUCCAGUUACACAUUCAUGAAUGUCAAGGAUCAAAUAUCUUGUGGUACAUAGUGCUUUCAAGGAGUUAACUUAAGCAGGAUGUUUAAUAUUUGUAAAACUGAUAUGUGGAUUUUUUUUUUUAUAUUUAAAGCUGUCUUGUAGAGAGAAGUCUAUGAAAGGGAAAGGAGCCCUCUUUAAUAGUGAGUGGACAAACAAUUUGGGCUCAAGAACAUUUCAUUUUACAGCACUGAUGUACUGUUGUUUUCAAUAGUGGAGAAAAAUGGGACGCUGUCGGAGGAUCUCAUCGUAUAAUAAAAUAAGUCCAUUAAGUUGUGUACAAAGUGUCAAAUUUAUAUUUCAUCAUGGGAACAGACAUUUGGCAUGAAAUGUAGUGCUUUCCUUACAGGAUUUUUGAAAAUUACGAUGUUAUUUCAGUGUGGUAUAACAAAUUUGGAAUUAAAGAAAAUUAAUAUAAACAGGAUGAGUUUGAGAGAUUUUCUCUUUUACUCUCUCUUUUUUUUUCCUUUUUUAUGUUUCCUUUCUAUCUACAAGGCAAACUGUGGCACCCAGUUUUGCCAAGACAAAGAUCUGGGCACACAGUGAAAACCCCAUGGAGAAAAUUGAGGUGCCCUGCUUUCCAAAUCGCAUACUUCUACUAUAUACUUUUAGUAUGUACUGCAGCUGCCCUUAAAAAGUAU